ACGCAGCAGCACAGAGCAGCGCACAUGUGGAGCGUACGCUGCCCACUGGAAGCUGACUACCACUCAGUGUCACAGAAGCCCUGCCUCGUGCCGGAUCCAAUUGUGCAAAUCUUUUGCGUAUGGCUCUGUGAUUGGAAUCGUCUACCUCGAGCCCUUACCAUGUCGGCUCCAUCCUUUAUAGCCCGUGUCCGGAUUUGCUGUGUCAGCUUUCGAUUCCCUGUGGGCAUGGCAUGUAGGGGUUUAUCGAGAGUCUAAAGUCGAUUGCCCAAAAUAGCUGAGAACAGAGAAAUUGAUCGGUCAAUUUGGGCGCGAUCAACGAUGGCGGGUCAUCAGAGGCCCCUGUUUGUGCUUUACGGAGCUUCGAUGACUCAGUUCUCGUUCGAAUUGGGAGGAUGGGGCGCUGCUCUCGCGGACCUGUACCAACGCAAGGCUGACGUUUUGCUCAGAGGAUUUAGUGGAUGGAAUACGCGUAGAGCUCUCGAACUGAUGCAAGAGAUGUUCCCAAAGAAUCUACCAACGCAACCCUCACUGGUCGUGGUUUUCUUUGGAGCAAAUGAUGCAGCAGUUCCUCUGAAAAGUGGGGCAGGUCAGGCUGUUCCCCUCCAAGAAUUUAAGGAGAAUCUUAAGAAGAUAGCUUUAUACUUAAAGGGCUUGUCCGAUAAGACUAGGGUGAUCUUGACAACUGCCCCACCGAUUCAUGAAGAAAUGCGAGACCAGUAUUGCAGACGGAUUAUGGGUGAAAGAGCAGUCGGAAAGCUUGAUCGUACGAACGAGAAUGCCCGCAAAUAUGCUGCUGCUUGCAGGGAAGCUGCGGGUGAAACAGGCGUGGGUGUCGUUGAUUUAUGGACUUCAAUCCAGCAAAGCAGUCCUAACUGGGGACCUGAGUGCUUGACAGAUGGUAUGCACUUGAGUGCUGGAGGCAGCAAAAUCAUGUUCAAUGAGCUCUGUCGAGUUAUCAAAGAAGCAGAUUGGGUGCCUUCACUUCAUCAUGAGUCCAUGCAAGGCGAUUACCCCGGAUCUCACCGGUAUGACUACGUGCACCCUUCGAUGGACGUCGAAGGGCCCACAAGCAUUUGAUUUUUCUUCGCAGGUCGUUGUCUCCAAUUCGAUUCAUAAAACAUGUAUGAUAGCGCUUCGCGUUCUAUCAUAAGAGCCUCAUGGAACUCGGUCCCAGCGAGGGAGUUGCCACUAGAGUAUGUUAAAAGCAGGUUUACACGAAUGAUGGAGAAACAGUCGAAACGUCAGUGGAAAUGUACGACCACCUUUUGAAGGAAUAGGUUAAUAUAUUUCUAUCAAGAGACUAUCGAUUUUCCCUUGUCCACCCUGUAUGGAAGGUCAAGGUAAUUUAUUCUGUGGAGAGUUAGUGAGUCUGUAAGCAAUGCCCAAUAUUAUAAAUUCCUGCUUUUACUUCAUACAUUUCUUGCCUCCAACUUAUUCCACCGAACGAGAUGGAAAAACUCUCCUCCUCGUACUUUGCAGGUAAGAAGGCUACCACAACGGCCUUUGGUCAUCUGCAACAGAGUUCUCGUCAAUGUCCAUGAAGAAUCUUGUGAUUCCAAGCUUUGUGC